AUGACUCCAGCUGUAGCAUUCACGGAAGAACAACCAAAACGAUGGGCUGACGACGUUGAAGACAAUGGAGGUACCCCUAUAAAUCAAUCCUAUUCCAUCAUAUCCGAUACAUAUAUUUACCAACGCAUUCAUUUGCUAGAAGAAGCACCCAUCCAUGUCGACAUUAACGAGCAACCACCACCAGCCAAAGUCCAUUUCGAGCAGGACGGCACAAAGGUCCUGACCGAAUACAGGAUUAACGAGGAUGGCAAGCAUGUCAAAGUUACCCUGAGAGUCAAGGUCAGGACCGUAAGGGUGCAUGCUAAUAAGGCUGUUGCUGAGAGGAAGAACUGGAAAAAGUUUGGAGAAGCUCGAGGAACUGCUCCAGGGCCCGACCCAAGUACGACAACAUAUGGAGAGAAGGUCAUGCUCCAGCUGUCUACUUCUGGAAAGCAUCUGGAAGUGACAGAAACAGACGACGGCUUAUCUAAGAUAAAAGCCAAACUCUCAAACACGCGUAUCCUGUGUCGUAUCUGCAAAGGCGACCACUUCACCUCCAAGUGUCCAUUCAAGGACUCUGAAGGUGUAUUCCAAGACAUGGAGAACAAGGAAUCAAAUGACACGAUGCCAAACACACCAACCACACCAGCUGGUGGUGCAGAUGAUGGCAUGAAAUCAGGCAAAUAUGUGCCACCAUCAAUGCGAGCUGGAGCAUCACGAGGAGGAGAGUCUAUGAACUCUCGAAACAGGGACGAUGCAUCGACUAUUCGUAUUACGAAUCUGUCUGAAGAUGCGACGGAAUCGGAUGUCAAGGAUUUGGUGUCGAGGUUUGGUGGGACUAGUCGUGUCUAUGUGGCUCGAGAUCAACGUACUGGCAUGUGCAAAGGGUUUGCUUUUGUCACAUAUUAUGAUAAAGAUAAUGCUGAAAAGGCAAUGGCUUCUUUGAAUGGAUACGGAUAUGAUAAUCUGAUCCUGAGGGUUGAAUGGGCAAAGACAAAUCGAGACUAG